AUGUCCGAAUCGGGAAGGUCAGAGACUCGUUGCAAACGAAGAACACGUUUGCUGAAAAAGUUGACGUUGGGGUCACGAUCUUAGAUGUUUUCGUGGAAAAAGUUGGAUUUUAGACUAUGAUGGCCUAGAAAUUCCCUCUUUUUGCAGGAAUCCAGCAAUGGGCACAAAACAGCGGCAUCCUUCCGCAGCAGCAGCAGCCGCAGUUGCAGUCCGUCGGCGACGUCUACCAGAACGCGCCGGUCACUUUGCAACCGACGGCCGUCGUUCCGCAACCGACCGCUUCGGCCGCCCAAUCCGCUGAUUCGAUGGCGCCGACCAUCAAUCCGGCCACCGGAGCCGCCGAUUACUCUGCCCAAUGGGCUGCUUACUAUCGGUGAGAGAGAGAGAGAAAAAUGAAAUGCUGAUUGAAAAAAGUAUGUUUGCAGUUCGAUAGGACUGGUGGAUCAAGCGGCGAUGGUGGAGAAUCAGAUGAGACGGUCGCAAGCAGCCGCGGCGGCGGUCGUGGAUCCGACUGGCGGACAGCCACAAUACUACAGUACCCAUCCACAGUAA